AUGUCUAUGAGGAGUUCCUCUUCAGUAAAUGCCUCCUCUGAUUGUCCAGGAUUUACGGACGACUUCAUGCUGGUCUUGGAUCUGGUAUUAAGCAUACCAAUCAAUACAUAUGAUGGUCGCAUCACUGACCUCACCAAUGGAGCCCGCAUCAUGUAUUUCUUCAACACGACAACCUGUCAACCUAUUUCCCAAACACAAGACAUCGAUCGUCCAAUAAUCGGUGGGGGAGUUAACUUUUUCUUAGUCACUAAAACAUCUAAACAAGCAGCCAGUCAACUGAUUUUCAAUCAUGAUAAUUACGCAUUUAAAAAUACCAAAAAAAGUACAUCUCAGAAAUUUGCUAAUUUAAAUUUUUUCAAUAAAAAUAUUUUUCAAACUUUUUGUGGAAGGCCAGGAUUUUUUGCUAAUAAUACCAACGAUAUAAAAGGUGGUACUUGCAACUGGACCUCUGGACACGAAAACAAAUUUUGGGCUAGAGAGCCAGUAACCCCAGGUCAACUGAAUUCUUACGAAAAAAUUCGCACGAUGGUGGUUAAUGGUAGUCCACUUCGAUUUGCCAUCACACUUGAUGGAUGUCAAUGUUCAGUACUAAGCAACUGUGGUAAAGGUUAUAUUGGAGGAGAUGUAACAGGUACAAAAAUAACGACAGAAGGUACAAUAUAUUUCUCGAAGUCCAUGACAUUGUAUUUUCCGGUUCCAACAUCCCCAAAGUAUUACCGUGAGCUAUUGGUUGGAGGCAUUCGAAGCAACAAUACAACAGCACUUACGUUAUCAUAUUUAAACGCAACAACUUGGAAGACAGAAAAUGAUGUAAAAAUAGCAUGCUCAAUAAAACCUUCCAGAGGAAAUGCGGACUUCUUCUGUGUUGGUUGAC